AUGUCUCUCGCUCUGAAGUUUACCUCAUUAGCCAUCCGAACGCUUGCAAAGCCUAUAGCCAACUUCAUCAAGAGACAAGCUCGCGAACAUGAGGGAUUCCGGAGGACCUGCAUAUCUUUUGCUCAACGGCUGCACAGAAUCGACAUGCGAUGGCGGAUAGGGCUCCUACAAGACCAAGCCGCUAUAGAGAGACAAGCCGCAAAAGAAGCCGCGCAGGAAGCAGCCAAGAAACACAAGCACAGCCAAAUACCCACAGUCAAGACUGAGGCGCAGACGAAGGCCGAGGAAGAGGCAGCUGCAAAGGCUGGGAAAGAGUCCGCAGAUCCGCCCAAGCCCCGUAUCAAACCGAAGAUCAGGCCUCUAUCCGAAGCCAAAGCCAUCGAUGCAGGGGCCAGCUUUAUAAGUGAAGCAUUCCUAUUCAGCGUCGCAGCCAGCUUGAUAUUGCUCGAGUCUUGGAGGUCCCGGCGGAAAGAGACCAAUCGACGGGAUGAUGUGAAUGAGAGAUUGAAUGAUCUGGAGGAGACCGAAAAGGCGACAAGAAGAGCGCUCAUUGAGCUGGAAAGGGAAGUGCUCCGUCUACGAGCCAAAGAACAGAAUGGGAGCCGAAAUGCUAGCAUACGAAUCUUGCCAGCAGAAAUUUACGAGGAGAAAGAGGAGGAAACAACCGAGAAGCCGGCUGGCAUAUUUGCUCGUAUAGCGUCUUGGAUAUCAGAGAACAAGGACGCAGCGGCAAAGGAGCCGCCGGCACCGGGGCCUGCAGAGAAACUUAUCCUUGAAUCUGAAAAGGCCCUGGAAGAGAAACAUAAACAGCAGGCACUUCAAGUCGAGGAAAAGAAGACCAGUCCCAGUGAUGCUCAGAAGAGACAGUGA